AUGCCUAUUUUUAAUAUAAAAGUUAUAUUUGUUUGCCUCUUUUUUAUUACAAGUAUAAAUAACAUAUUAAUAAAUAAUAAAGGAAGAACUUUGGAAGAUUUAUUCAACCGGAUAUCUAAAAAAAUAUAUUUGCGUGAGUAUAUCAUAAAAAAAAAUAAUACAACUCCAUUUGUUUGCCCAUUUGACAGGGAAAAUAAAAAGACAACAUUUGAUUGUAUCAAAAGAAAAUGGCUAAAAUAUAGUAACCAAUUGUUUAGUAUUUGGAGCAAUAGUAUACCUAAAAUACACGUAAAUGAAAAGUUAGAAAGAGAACAAAUUAAUACGGAAAAUUCAUAUUCCAUAAGAAAAAAGUUAGAGAUUAAUAAAAACUUUAAUUAUUUUGACUUGUCAACUUUAAACACAUAUUGCAAUUUUUAUAAGUUAUGUAUAGCCGAUUUAGUCAAUUAUUACAAACAAAAUAAUGGAUAUAAUAAUUAUCACUUAGGAAAGAUAAAAAAGCGAUAUUUUGUAAAAUCGCAUCAUCUAAACAGUGAUCCAUUAGAAGAAGAAAGUUACAUAUUUAUUAUAGGCCAAAAAAAAGAAAAGUUACGAAUUAAAUCAUCUAUAUAUGACAAAAUCCGUAACUCUGUUAAUAAUACAAUAUAUUAUUAUUAUCUUAUGUUUAUGAACAAAAUAUUAUAUCACACAUUUUACUUAGUGUAUAAUCCUCACACAUAUGAUGAUGUCAAUAAUAGCAACGAUUGGAAUAGUAAUAAUAAUGGAAAUUUUAACAAUACACAAAAUUCAAGUAAUUACAAUUUUAUAAUUUACAAAAAUAAAAUUAUAUACCCUUUCAAAUCUACAAUGGGUACCGCUUCCACCCCCUAUAAAAAUCAUAAUACAAAUAAUAGUUGUAUUUCAGACUUUUAUUUGAUUGAGAUUUGCCAUUGUUUGAAUGGGAUAACGUACAAACAAAGUAUAUAUAGUUUGUUGAAAAAUAUUUCUAAAUUGUAUUUUAAGGCCGAAUUAGUUUCUUAUAUUUUACAAUUACCUCCAGUAUUUUAUCAUAUUUUAAUCAUCAUAAUAUGUUCGAUAAUUUGUUCUUAUAUUUUCUAUAAAAUAUUUCUGAAAUAUAAAAUAAACUUUUAA